GGCGGACGACAGAGGCGCUCGGUGCCAGGACCAUUAGGAGCCUCUACCAGCGCAACAACAAUCAACCUGCCGAGAAGUACUGUUUUUCUUCUUAUUUCUAUUUCACUGAGAGCAGUGGUGCAGGGGGGGAGCAGGGCUAUGUCAUGCGAAUAGGCAGCCCAAGAGUUUGUCAGUGUUAACGCAGGCGGAUCCUUGUUUUAUAUCCCCAAGAUGAGUAAAGACUUGAACAGCCUGCGACAGCUCUCCGUGGCUCUGCUCUUCCUCACCCUGUGCGUCGCGGUGCAGCAAUCCGACUCUGCGGCUUGUCAUGGAUGUGCGGGAUCCAAAUGUGACUGCAGUGGAGUAAAAGGAGAAAAAGGUGAGAGGGGUUUUCCAGGUCUCACAGGACAGCCAGGAGUCCCAGGGUUCCCCGGACCUGAGGGCCCGAUUGGACCCAGAGGAGAGAAGGGAAGUGAUGGACCUCCAGGACCAAUGGGAUUAAAAGGAAUAAGAGGGCCUCCUGGGUUACCAGGAUUUCCAGGAACAUCAGGACUUCCGGGUUUGCCAGGACAGGAUGGACCCCCAGGCCCCAGAGGAGUGCCAGGUUGCAAUGGGACAAAGGGUGAACAAGGUUUCCCAGGAAGUCCAGGCAUUUCUGGACAGCCGGGAUUGCAGGGUCCACCUGGUCUCCCAGGACCUAAGGGAGACCCAGGUGAUGUGAUAUCCACCAACCGAUUUGGAGAAAAAGGAGCAGUGGGACUGCCUGGACUGCCAGGGAUUCCUGGUUCUCCUGGACCCACCGGCUUGCCAGGUCCUCUUGGCCCUCCAGGACCCAGAGGAUAUGAUGGUCGUCCAGGUGCUCCUGGUCCUCCAGGACCUAAGGGAAACAUGGGACUGAACUUUCAAGGACCCAAAGGACUGAAGGGUGAACCAGGUUUACCGGGACCUCCCGGGCCUCCGGGUCAGGUCGGGGAACAGAAGAGACCACCUGAGACUGAGAUCCAGAGAGGAGACAAGGGUGAACCAGGUCUUCCAGGUCCACCAGGUGAUCGAGGAGCCCCAGGGAUUCCUGGUCCCUCUGGUGGCCAGAAAGGUGAGAAGGGAGAACCAGGAGAGGCCGGCAAACGAGGAAAGCAAGGCAAAGAUGGUGAUGCCGGUCCUCCAGGCUUCCCUGGAAUCAAAGGAGAACCAGGUUUGCCAGGUCCUCCAGGCAGGGACGGAGAGAGGGGUUUAAAAGGUGACCGAGGAUUCCCAGGUCCACCAGGAGUGGUGAUUGGAGGGCAGGCAGGGACCCGAGUCGGUCCUAAAGGGGAACCUGGAUUCCCUGGAGCACCUGGACUCAAAGGAGACAGAGGACCUCCAGGAUUAACUGGACCUCCAGGACAACCAGGGCUUCCAGCUACUGGUGGUGGUGGUCUUCCUGGAUCACCAGGCUUCCCAGGGGAAAGAGGUCAGAAGGGUGAACCAGGUGCUCCAGGAAUCUCCCUACCAGGUCCACCAGGAAGAGCAGGGUCACUUGGUCCCCAGGGUGUGCCAGGACCUCCUGGACCUCCAGGCUUUUCAACUGCAGGACAAAACUGUAUCACUGGAGAACCUGGGCGUCCCGGUGUACAGGGAGAGAGAGGGUACCCAGGAGAAACAGGCCAGAAAGGUGAGAAGGGUGACACAUGUGUGAACUGCUUUGGAGGCACCAGUAACAUCCCCGGACCCCCAGGACCUCCAGGACAGCCCGGAUUCCCUGGAUCUCCUGGAGCUUCAGGUAUCAAAGGAGAGAGAGGAUACCCAGGAUCACCUGGUCUUUCUGGCUCCCCUGGCCUCCCUGGUCCUCAAGGUGCUCCAGGAUUCCCUGGAGAGAAGGGAGACCCAGGCGAUGCCAUCACAGUCAGCGGUCUGAGGGGAGAGAAGGGUGACACUGGUUUCCCUGGACCACCUGGCCUGCCUGGCCUGGAUGGUAGACCUGGUCGUGACGGACAGCCUGGAAUUCCUGGACCUAAAGGAGCUCCUGGCUCUCUACUUGUUAAAGGAGAGCGCGGGCUUCCUGGUGAGCCAGGUCCUGUGGGUAUCCCAGGUGACAGGGGACCCCCAGGUCCCCCAGGCUUUGGACCUCAGGGACCUUCAGGAGAGAAGGGUAUCCAAGGUGUCUCAGGAAGACCUGGAGCUCCUGGUGCACCUGGUGCUAAAGGUGAACCUGGCCUGACAGUAGCAGAGAAAGGAUUACCAGGACCCAGAGGACUGGAUGGUGAACCAGGACUGCCUGGUGCCCUAGGUAGCCCAGGUCAGCCCGGUCAGCCUGGUUUCCCUGGUCUACCAGGAGCAAAGGGAGAACCAGGGCUCCCAGGAAUUGGACUCCCAGGACCACCAGGAGCCAAAGGAUUCCCAGGUAUUCCUGGCCAGCCAGGAUCUCCAGGGGGACCAGGCAGACCAGGAGUAGAUGGUCUCCCUGGACAGCCUGGACUACCAGGACCUAAGGGUGAGCCAGGCUUUGGUCUUCCUGGCCCUCCAGGUUUACCAGGAGUACCAGGAGCUAAAGGUUUAUUGGGACCAAAAGGAGAUCCUGGCUUCCCUGGGGGCCCUGGAUCACCUGGACGAUCCGGAUUUGAUGGUGCUCCUGGACUGAAAGGUGAGCCUGGUAUACCUGGUAUACCUGGAGCUCGUGGUCCACCUGGAUCCCCCACCAUAGGUCAACCUGGUCUACAGGGUCCACCUGGACCUCCAGGCCCAAUGGGACCACCUGGAUUCCCAGGAGCAAACGGAGCAAAGGGAGAUCCUGGCCCACCAGGUCUAGAUAUCCCAGGUCUACCAGGAGACAGAGGAAGUCCUGGUUUCCCAGGUUCUCCAGGAGCAGUCGGACCCCCAGGCCUCCCUGGAGGACCAGGGCGGGAUGGUCUACCUGGACUGCCAGGUCCUAAAGGAGACAUGGGUCCCAUGGGACCUCCAGGACCUUCUGGAGGUCCUGGAGGCCCUGGAGGACCUGGUGCACCUGGACUUAAAGGUGAACCUGGAUUCCCAGGUAGAGAUGGUGUGCCAGGUGGUGCUGGUAUAAAAGGCGAGAGGGGCGAACCUGGUCUUCAGGGACCCCCAGGAAUCACUGUUCCAUCUGCAGUCUCUAAGGGAGAAAAAGGAGAACCAGGUCUACCAGGUGCACCCGGUUUUCCAGGUCAGAAGGGCAUAGCCGGACUUCCUGGUGACCCAGGACUUCCAGGAGCAGAUGGACGGCCUGGUGCUCCUGGACCACAAGGCCCUAAAGGAGAUCCUGGCAUCCCAGGAGGCCCAGGGGGUCCUGGAAGCCCAGGACCAAAAGGCAGCAUGGGAGAAAUGGGAUUCCCAGGACCACCAGGACAGAAGGGUACACCAGGUCAACCAGGUCUGUCUGGAGCUCCAGGACAACCAGGAACACCUGGUUUCCCUGGAGCUAAAGGUGAACCUGGUUCUGCUGGAGUUGGACCACCUGGUCCACCUGGACUAAAGGGUGAACCAGGUCAACCAGGUUUCCCGGGAAGUCCAGGACUUAAAGGAGGUCCAGGAGCACCUGGUCUGCCAGGUUUACCAGGGGGACCAGGUGCCAAAGGUGAUCCUGGCCUUCCAGGAUUCCAAGGUUCUCCUGGUAUUCCUGGUCCAAAGGGUCUGGAUGGUGGACCCGGUGCCCCAGGUCUCACUGGUGCUCCUGGCAGACCAGGAGAGCCAGGCCGUUCAGGAGCACCAGGCUUGCCUGGAGAUAAAGGUCAGGCAGGUCGAGAUGGAAUUCCAGGACCAGCUGGAGUCAAAGGAGAACCAGGCCUUCCUGGAUUUGGUGGUCCUGGUCCUUCUGGGCUUCCAGGUUUGCCAGGUUCAAAGGGAGAUCCAGGUCUUCCUGGACCUCCUGGUAGUCCUGGUUUCCCCGGCCCUAAGGGAGAGGCUGGUUUCCCUGGUAACCCUGGUGCUCCAGGCAACAGCGGACCUCCUGGCCCUCCGGGUGUACCUCUUCAAGGCCCCAAAGGACUCCAGGGACCCCCUGGACCACCUGGAAGAGCAGGUCCCCCCGGCCCAGAGGGUCCACGUGGACCCCCAGGAAGUGGUGGUGUUAAGGGAGAAAAGGGUAUCCCAGGAGCUCCUGGUCAGCCAGGCUUCCCUGGACAGAAAGGAGAGGGGGGUGCUCCAGGAUUCCCGGGUCCCUCUGGUCUUCCUGGUAGUCCUGGUCUGAAGGGAGACAUCGGCCUGCCUGGUGUUCCUGGAUUCCCUGGGCCCAAGGGAGACCCUGGACUCCCAGGUGGCAGCGGACUCCCUGGAGAUCCUGGAGAUGUUGGACAGCCUGGUCUUCCUGGUGACCCUGGUGUUCCUCCAGCCCCCAUUGUGGUUAAGGGAGAGCGUGGACCUCCUGGUCCUCAGGGCCCACCUGGUGGUCGAGGAAGUCCAGGCGCCCCUGGUCGUGAGGGACUUCCAGGUCAGCCUGGUGAACCUGGUGAUCCUGGUCUGGAGGGUCCUCCUGGCUUCAGUGGCCCACCUGGCAAGAAGGGAGACCCUGGUCCUGGUGGUCAGCCAGGUCAGCGUGGCUACCCUGGUCCUCCUGGUUCCGAUGGUCCGCAGGGUAUUCCUGGUCCUCCAGGAUCUGUUGCAGCAUCUCACGGCUUCCUCAUCACUCGACAUAGCCAGACACAGGAAGUGCCCGCCUGCCCUGAUAGAAGUAACCUCAUCUAUGACGGAUACUCGCUGCUGUACGUUCAGGGCAACGAGAGGGCACAUGGACAGGACCUUGGUUCGGCUGGCAGUUGUCUGCGCAGGUUCAGCACUAUGCCCUUCAUGUUCUGCAACAUCAACAAUGUCUGCAACUUUGCCUCCCGCAACGACUACUCCUACUGGCUUUCCACACCUGAGCCCAUGCCCAUGUCCAUGGCCCCAAUCACCGGAGAGGGCAUCAAGCCUUACAUCAGCAGGUGUGCAGUGUGUGAAGUUCCGGCCAUGGUGAUCGCAGUCCACAGUCAGACCAUCCAGAUUCCCUCUUGCCCUGUGAAUUGGGAUCCCCUAUGGAUAGGAUACUCCUUCAUGAUGCACACCAGUGCGGGUGCCGAGGGCUCCGGUCAGGCCCUAGCCUCCCCCGGAUCCUGCCUGGAGGAGUUCCGCAGCGCUCCCUUCAUAGAGUGCCAUGGCAGGGGGACAUGCAACUACUACGGCAACUCCUACAGCUUCUGGCUGGCCAUUGUAGAACAAUCUGAGAUGUUCAGAAAGCCGCAGUCAGAGACGUUCAAGGCAGGUAACCUCCAGGCGCGUGUCAGCCGCUGUGUGGUCUGCAUGAAGAGGACGUAACGCCACAUGGCAAUAAGCCAACCACCCGCUGCCGGAGACGCCCGAACGCAAAUGAUCAAAUGAUUGGAUGACAGGAGACAAGUAAAAGGGGGGCGGCGGUCAUAGCAACGGUUUAGACCGUCAACGUGGCCACGAGGUGGAAUUCCUAUGGUGCAUUGUCUUCCGGAAAACUACAAGUAAAACAAUGGUGCUACUGUGCAACACAGCUUCAAAAAAAGAAAAAAACUGACGAAAAUAAAUCUUACUUUUAGUCUUUGUUUUCUUAAGAAGUACCUCAAAAUGAAAGCAGAAAAAUAUCCACUAAAUGGUGCCAUGAUGGAUGUGUGACAACAAAAGUGCAUUUUUCACUCUUUUCUCUUUCCCUCAUGGUCACGAUGGUCAUGAUCAUGGUUUCCUUUCUCUCUCUCUCUCUUUUUUUUUUUUUUUUUUUUUUUAGAAAAUCACUUUUGACGUUGGUGCAGUAACAAUGUGAUAACGUACACCCAUUUCUAGACAGAAGUGCUCUUGUAUUGUUUUUCCCUUUUUAUUUCAUUUUAUUGUUUUUGGCCUUAUUAUUGAGGAGUGGAUGGUUUCCACAGUUACCAAAUCGGCACUUUGACUUCGGAACAUCCAAGAUGAGAGAUGCACUGACGAUGAGCUUUCCUUAGUGAGACUGACUGCCUUUUUUUAUAACUAGCUCUUCAUUCACACACACACUCUCUCUCGCUCUCUAUUCCUCCAUUUUUCUGUCAUGUAUGUUACAUUUGGUGGUACUAACCCUGCUGUAGCCUGCCCGCUAACCAUCAGCCUCUUUCUCUUCCUUUUUUUUGUAAGUAAUAAAAUGUGUAUAUUGUGUAAAACACCUGUUGUUUUUAGUAUUUUAGGUCGUAAAUCGGUACCAGCUGUUUUGUUAUAAGACAAUUUUCCAGGUUCUUUCUAGCUCGCACACAUACUCACAUAACCACACUCAUUCAUUUGACUGCUCACUCAUACACACCAACUCAGAUAUUGUACAAAGUAAGGCUUUUAUGAAUGAAACAGUAUUUUAUAUAUAAUAAAUAUAUAUAUUUGAAAAAGAGGAUAAAAUGGUAUAUAGAAUUUAUUCGGCCGUGGGGAGUUUUCAAUAAUGUAUUUCACCCAAAAAUAAAGCUACUACUGAGCACUGACAGCCAUCAUCCCUCAAACACAACAAUCUUGUAUGAUAUUAACAAUGCCAAUCGCUUAAACCUUUUUUUAUUCGAUUUGUAGAAUUAAUAAUUGUUGAACUGAAUUAAAGGGGAUUUGCUUUUUAGAUAGUCUAAUGAUUGGGGAAUGUUACAGAUAUUUCCGC